AUGGUAAACCAUUGGCGUGGUGACUCGUCCGGGUUCGCGACCAAGUCAAAUAGCACGCACGCCCUCUUUGACGGGGUACGGUACAUGCGCCAAGGUUAUCAUCUCAAGCCAGGUUACAAGGGCCUGGUAUUCUACAUCACGGACGAGGAAGUAUUCGAAGAGGCGCUCAACAAGGCAUCGCAGCUGUUCGGGGCAAGGCUUAACAUAUCAGAGACGCCGUUUCUCCUCCGUGAGGGGACCACAGUGAACAGAGACUGGAACACACCAGGUAUGUCCUCGGACUACAGCGACAUCGUGUUCGGCACCAACGAGAGGUCGCAGGCUACGACGCGCGCUGCGGUACAAGAAUGGCGGGAAAGCCGGAUGGAGCUGACAGGUUCACACCAGGUUAACCAGGGCAAUAGCCGUCGACCGCGCCCAGGGAGAUCCAUUGCCGAGUCCGAGGACGACAUCAUCAACCUCGUGAGUGAAGGGGACGGCGACAGCGACAACGAAAGCGGCGACAGGAGCUAUAACGGAGAUAACGGGACGAGGUCUCAACUGGGUAUCGAGCAAGGGCGUCAUAUACGACGGGACAGAGAUAAUAUGGGCGGCGCUAGCCAGACGCCGGGUCGUCGUACGGGAGGGAUUCGACCUGCCGUUCCAGGCAAGGCCGGGAGAGCCGAUGGAGGGGCGGCCACCAAGGAGGCAACGCAGCCGGGUGAGAGGAUCGUCGACUUCAAGAAGGACAUCGAAAUCUUGCAGAGGGCGCACGAAGGGCUGGGCAAGACAGUCACACAACUAGAAGAGGGUCGGCUAUCUGGUGGCUUAGUAGGGAAGGCCUGGGAGGCUAUAAGGACGUACCUAGCCAGAGUGGAAGAUGUCAGUAACCGGAUGGCGGAAGCGGUAGAGAAGCAAGCGGGCCCGGUAGCGGACCUCGACUUCCUCGAGCCCGAUAACUUCCUGACCACGGUGCGCGAGGCCGACGAGGUAGGCAGCAACCAGGGCGACGACCACGACAGCCCGGCGCCAUGGAGUCAGUCGCGGACCCCAGGGCAUAAGCGCCGGCGAGAAGGAGGGGACCGGGACGAGCCGGACGAGCUACGGGACGAUCGUGCUGCCAAGAGGCCGAGGCCGUUGGGCGUAGGCCCGGAGGAUGACGAGGCAAUUCGUGCCAUGGAGAACAAGACAGCGCAGGCGAAGGGCUGGGAGAUGUGCGCCUCAAACCUUGGGUCCCGUCUAGAGGGGGAGUCGGCGGAUCGGGCCAGCGUCAGUCGGCCAAGCCUACUACCGCUACAUGGAGCAGGUGAGGCCAAGCUAGGCCCGCUCUGGGCCGUCUCUUGGAACGGGAAACUGUUGAUCGGGCCCAAAGUCUUCGCUCAGGCACUGAGGUUCUACAUCGAGAACACCCUCCUCAACCAGGACGGCUACCGGGCUAUCGGGCCACUUUUCAUCAAGAAGCUGCUCCAGGGCGAGCGCUUUCCGAUCUGUGUAGGCACCAUCUCAGCCAAGUCUAUUGUGGGCGGGCCUGGGAGGGGGGACGGCGAUGGAGGCGACACGCCGUCAUCUGUACGAUCAACCACUACAGAGGGCGGCUCGAGCGGCGUUUCCAUGACUGUUGCGAACCUACCAGAGAACGUUCUCAAGAGGGCCAUCGGGUUCUGGGAAGGGGUAGCGGAGGAAGGAGAGCUUCGGCAAAUGACGGUGCGUGUUCUGGCUACUACUAAGGAGACGGCCUCGGUUGGCGGAGUCGCCAACUGGUAUCGGUUGACGUCGGACGUAGUGAAGAAUCGGGCAGCGCGCAUAAGCGACGACGAGAUUAGGGAGUGGUUGGGAAUCAAAGCGAGCGAGGUUCCGCAGGAGAGAGGGAAGUGUGACGAUCUUGACGAAGAGGAAGACUGGGACGCGAGCGGGAGCAUUGACGACAGCGGCGCGUGA